AAAGAUCCUUUCAAAAAAACAUACCAUCCGCCAUGAAUUUCGUAUGAAGAUUACAAGUUGAAACCAUAACCUUUCAUUAAAGAUGUUUACUGGCUAUAUUAUCAUACUUGUCCUUCUUUCGAGGAUAAUCCAGUACUUUGUUCCCUUCUGUACGAUUUUUAUUACUGCGUAUCUGGUUAAUCCCAGUCGAAUUUCUGGUCGCGGUGUGUCAAAAGGACGAUCUCUUCUCGGCUAACCAACAAUAAUCUCAUACCCACUUUUACUCUGCCUUUUUCCCUUUUUGGUCUGACGACUGUAAAGAGCAUACAAUGAACGCCUUAAAACGAGCUUCAAACAUCAGAAAAUUAAGUGAACUACAAGGCGAACGUAAGGAUCUUUUGGAUAAAUGUGGCGACGACUUUGGAGCAACAGCGAUCGGCGGUCAAGUGCAAUUUGGCAAUGAGUAUCGAGUACACUCAGAUCAAGUCGCAAUUAUUGCAAUGUCGGUUAAUAGCGUAACGAAUAAAAAUACUCAAGCGGGUGCUUAUGCCAUCGUAUGGUUGGAUAAAGAACGUGACAAUGAGUUUGGCACGCAUAACGGUCCAGCAACGGGAAGCCUGAUAUUUCUUUUGAAGGCUGUGCAAGACGUGCUUCGACAAUCUGAUUCUAGUAAACCGCUCAUCAUUGCCUCAAACAACCAUCUAGUUUGCAACUUUAUCAAUGGCGAAACACCAUCCAUUAGUAAGGACAACUCUCAUCUGGGGACACAUCUUAAGUCCAUUGAAAAUUAUAUCAAAACAAGAACAGCUCCAACGCACAGCUAUUGGCUCAAUGCAGGAAAAACUAGAGAUUCAAGGGUUCAGAGGUUCUAUGAUUUGGCAAAAGACGUAGCAAGUGUAGCCCGCAAACUCUGGUUGGACAAGGGAUCCGGAUUUAGGGAAGAAGCAGUUAAAUCAGCAUCACCCGCCCCUGACCGUCGUUCACCUUCUUUACCGCGAAACGAACGGCAGCAAUCCGAAGUACGACUACCCGAAAUUCCACCGUCGCUAUCGGCUGGCCAUGGUGCUGGAUUGUCAACAAGAGCAAUUGAAGAUAUAGACAGACAACGAGCAAAACUUAUACAAAGAUACGGAAUGGAAAUCGCAGUGGCUACGAACAGAGGGGAAGACAGAAUAGCUGUGAUUGGAAUGUCCGUAGAGCAGCCGGAUGCAUCCAAUUGUCAGCUUGGAGGAUAUGGAGUCGUUUGGCUAAGAUGCUGUCCUUGACAGAUGCUCACGUACUAGACCUCUUAUUAUCGCCCUUAAAAACCAGUCAAUUGUCAAUUUUAUAAACGACGGGACGCCUCUAUCAAUCAGCAGGAAGAGUA